AAACAGACUUCUGUUCAUGUUCACAUGGUUAUUCAACCUUGUGUCACUGGACAAGGAAGUACCAGCCAAGCUAAUGAUGGAGACAAAAUGCUGUAGCCGAGGUUUACGAGGAACUACGGUCUCACCAAAAAAACCUUUAACGGACUAUAAUUUGUAGGCUGAUUACGUGCAGUGAUUAGUGAGUAUCAUUGCGACAUUAUUGUUCACCGCUGCUCGUACAUGAAGCUUCGUGAGCCUUUUCAGCUCUUUCCCAUCUACAGGUCCCUCCCCAGCACCUACUCCCAUGCCGGUUUCCCUGGGCUACACCCAUCUGGAUCAAAAUGAUCCGUCUGUAAACCUGUUGCAUAUUUCAGUCGGAGGACUCCCCAUGUUGGCCUCCAUGGCUAACCCCACGGAUCCCCGGUUCCGCCUUAAGUGGAGGGCCAUCGUGGCGGUGACCCUGGCCCUGGCCUUGGUCCUCCUUUACAUCCACUUGACCCCAGGCUUGCGCUCCCAGGCCUCCCGCAACGUGAAGUCCGGCCACACGGCGAUGGUGGUAGGCGAGUCGGCCGACCGCUUCAAUGACACGUACCCGCUUAGUCCGCCUGAGCGGACCCCGCAAGGCACACGCUACCGCAUUGGCGUCAUCGCCGACCUGGACACGGACUCGCGCAGCGACAAGAAACUGACGUGGUUCAGCUACAUGCGCCGGGGCCACCUUCUGGUGUCGGAGAGCGGCGACAAGGUGGCCGUGGAGUGGGACGUGGAGCGGGUGGUGUUGGAGAGCCACCUGGCUGAGAAGGGCCGGGGCAUGGAGCUUUCAGAGCUGGCAGUGUUCAACGGGAAGCUGUACAGCGUGGAUGACCGCACGGGCGUGGUUUACCACAUCGACGGCAACAGGGCGGUGCCUUGGGUUAUCCUGCCUGAUGGGGACGGCUCCAUCCCCAAAGGGUUUAAGGCGGAGUGGCUAGCAGUGAAGGACGAGCACCUUUAUGUGGGCGGCCUGGGGAAGGAGUGGACCACCACCACGGGGGAGGUGGUCAACAACAAUCCAGAGUGGGUGAAGGUGGUGGGUCACCGGGGAGACGUGCAGCACCAGAAUUGGGUCCCUAAGUACAAUUACCUGAGGUCUGCAGCCGGGAUCGUACCUCCAGGUUACCUGAUUCACGAGUCAGCCGCGUGGAGUGACACUCUGCAGCGGUGGUUCUUCCUCCCACGUCGCGCUAGCAAGGAGCGCUACGAUGAGACCGCCGAUGAGCGAAGAGCCACCAACCUGGUCCUCAGCUGCUCGGCGGACUUCGAGGACAUCACUGUGAGCCGGGUAGGCCCAUACAACCCAACGCAUGGCUUUUCCUCUUUCAAGUUUGUCCCUAACACAGACGAUCAAAUCAUUGUGGCGCUGAAGUCGGAGGAGGACUCUGGGAAAAUUGCCUCGUACAUAAUGGCUUUUACACUGGAUGGACGGAUCCUUUUACCCGAAACCAAGAUAGGAGAUGUGAAGUAUGAGGGUCUGGAGUUCAUUUAAGCAAACAAGGGAGCUCAUGAAAUGGAGCACAUACCUUUUGAGGCCGUAUCCUUGGUGCUUGUUCACUGACACUGAGGAGGGUGGUGCUAAUUAGAAGAACUGUAACCCUGUUACAAAAUGAAGAACUGACUAAAACUUACAGGGGCUACUUUGUUCUUCAAUAACAAAUGUUAACUUACAUUUUCUGUUGCAAUACUUUGAAGACAAAUGUUUUGUUUGUACGCCCUAAUUACCUUAACUUGUUUCAGGGCAGAGACAAUGGAAACUGAAAGUAGCCUAGACUACCUGAACUUGAAGUCCUCAAAUUGAGGAUGUCCUCUUCAUGGGUAUUCUCUACCUUGUCCAAUGACCGUCUCAUAAAAUACUGUAGACCUUUUAAGAAUGAAUGUACAAGUAAUGAACUAAUCUAAAACUGUGAUUUUAUUUCUGAAAUGCAGAUGUUGUACAUUCAGGAAAUAAUGGAUAUGUUGCUUUUCCCCAAUGUAGAACAGUUGUCCUUACUUUUUACUACAUUAAAUCAUACAGUAUACUCCAGAAUA